CACAAACAGAUAUAACACUCAAAUCGACUUCCUCAUCAGCCAUCACUCCUAAAGUUCACCCCGUUCUCUCAUGUCUUCUUGUAUCAAUACCUUAAAUGACCACCAGUCCUUCUACGGAACGCCGCCGCCGGCGAGCCCCCGCAUAUCCUUCUCCAGCGAUCUCGUCGCAGAUGCAAAACCUCCUCCUAGGGACAUCGUAACGCCCGACCCAACCUUCGAGUUUGCCGUCGGAGUCCGGCCCAUGAUCUCCGCCGACGAACUCUUCUUCAAGGGCCGCAUGGUUCCGCUGAGCACGGGCCCGUCGGCAAUGGUCACCACUCUCCGAGAUGAGCUCGGGGCCCUCCAGAAUGGUGGGGAGGGUGGCCAGCAGCCCAGGGGCUUCGUUCGUUGGAAGGAGUUCUUGGGCCUUAAACGUGCCAGCAGCGCACAGUCGGCCCGAAAGAACGAUAAUUCCGAUAACUCUUCCGCCGCCGCUGACGUCGCCGGAGAGAUGUGCCGGAAAAAUCAUGCAGGAAGCGCAAAGAAGGAGCUAUAAGGCUGGAGCAGAAGUGAAGGAAAUGUUCCAUAAACCGAAAAAAAAAAAUUGCAGACGACAUUUUCAUGAAUUCUUGUUCAGAACAUUCAGGGUACGGCAUACUAUGCAAAACUUAAGGGCGACCUAUUCUGCAUUAAAAUGCGUGCCGGAUGGGUGUUUUGUGCCAGAUUGGAUGAGGAUGUUCAGAGCGAAUUAUUUUUU